CGGCUAUGAUGAAAUGAGAUGACGUGAGUGGUGGCUUGUUAGAUAUGUUCAAAUUUACUGGUUCUUUCAUUCGAUAUUUCGAAAAAAGAAUUUCCCAUUAUUCUAUACCCACUACUUGCAAUCCGUGGAAACUGAACCCACCCCCAAAACAUACACAAAUAUGGACUCAGGAGCCGGAGUUCCUUCUUUAAUAUCCUUGUCGGAUGACGGGGAAUUUGCCGCUCAAAUUAGCGGCAAAGAUCUCAUCGUCCAUUCACAUCCAGCUUCGUCCGAAUUAAGGGAGAUGGACAUAACCAAAGUCAAGGAAAGUUUAGCUUCGACAGCAAAAUUCUUAAAAUUUUCGCGGACAGAGCCUAGAGGAGGAGCGGAAGAAGCGUCGAGGGUUGAGUCAGGUAGCGACCAGGUCCGGCAUCUGCUUUGCGCCAGUGACGCUCGUGUCUCAGUCUGGAAAUUGAAGCCACUUACGUUGUUCGGUGAAAUUGAAGGGGUUGACUCUGGAAUAGUGAACGUGGACUUUGGCAGGAACAAAGAUGAGAUCAUAGUUUUCCACACGUGGAACACGAAAGUGUCUGUCUUCACUCUAGCCACUGGACACAGCCAAAUUAUCAAGGCACCGAAGUUCGCCCACCAUAACGGCUACGGAUAUCGACCUAAAACGGGUCAAUUUGCAAUUCUUUUAAAGCCAGAGACAACUGAUCUACUGACUAUCCAUGAGUUGAGAAGCUACGAGCUCAUUAAUCGAGCAAAUCUACCAACAGUGGAUGCGCAGGGCUUGAAAUGGAGUCCCGAUGGAAGGUGGAUAGCAAUCUGGGAGGCUGCAAGCGCAGGUACGAAGGUACUGAUAUUUACUGCAGACGGACAUCAUCUUAAGACAUAUACUGGAUCUCCGGGAUUCGACAAUAGCUUCGAUCUGGGUGUGAAAAGCAUAGAAUGGAGUCCUGCGACUGGUCCCAAUGAAAUUUCAGAAUAUCUAGCAAUUGGGAAGGUCGAUGGAACUAUUGAAAUUCUCCGAAGCAAAACAUUCUCCUGUUCGAUUUCGCUGUCCCACAUCAUCCAGAACGAUCAACAUGGUCCUACAGUCUGGCGGGAGAGGCAUUCUAACACAAAUGGGGAUCCCGAGUAUGCGGAGGCGCCAAAUUUUGCGGCGUCCAUAAUGACGACGGAACUAUCUGGUCCUGCUCGUGGAGUCUCGACAAUAACAUUCAGUUUCGAUGGCAGUUUCCUGGCGACUGUGGACCAAGGACGACCGAACAUUGUUUGGAUAUGGUCGAUAGAGACAACUCCGAGAUUAGCAUCAGUUUUGGUUCAUGAACAUGCGGUCAGACAAGUGGUUUGGCAUCCUCGGAGCACACAGUGCCUCAUAACAACAGUCAAUGGUGCUGUUGCUGCUGUCCGUCAUUGGUCUUCAAAUGGUGAUCCAACGACUGUACGCAUGCCUAUUCAUCGAAGUGAGACUGGGAAGUACGAUGCGAGAUGGUUGGCAUCAGAACAGAAUGGCAAUUUGGCGUUCUGGUAUGGAACAACUGAAGACUGCGUACUCGGUUAUCUGGGGAUUCACGAUGAGGUUUCGAAGUUCAAUGUGCUUUAUUAUGUGAAUGCCAAAGCACGAAGUAUUUCUGGCUCAGGGAUAGGCCGGUAUAUUUAAUGCUCUCUUUUACGAUAUGUUCGCUUUGCUGUCUAUGUAUACUGGGCCCUUCCAGAUCGGCUCAUUGGCGCUCGCCAGGCCAUUGUAAUACCAACCCUACAUCAGAGCGAGUCAGACAUAGGAUACCACAACAUAAUAGAUUCG